AUGAGUAACCGUGCUGUUGCCGUACUACGAGGAGACCCCGGUGUGACCGGUACAGUGUGGUUCAGCCAGGACAAGGAAUCCGACCCAUGCGUGAUCAAAGGUGAAAUCAAGGGUUUGACUCCGGGUCUUCACGGAUUCCAUGUCCAUCAGUACGGUGACUCAACUAACGGCUGCACUUCCGCUGGACCACAUUUCAAUCCAUUCAACAAGACUCACGGAGGGCCCAAGGAUGAUGUUCGUCAUGUUGGCGACCUCGGAAACGUUGAAGCUGGAGCUGAUGGUGUAGCACACUUUGAGAUCAAAGACCAUUUGGUUAAGAUUCAUGGGGAACAUACCGUUGUAGGACGUUCCCUUGUCGUUCAUGCUGGAACUGAUGAUUUGGGUAAAGGAGUAGGCGAAAAGAAGGAGGAAUCUCUGAAGACAGGAAAUGCUGGCGCUCGUGUCGCUUGCGGAGUUAUUGCAACCGCUGCUCCCCAGUGA